CCCCUAAAAAACACACAAAGCCUUAUCUCCAUCUUCCAUCCCUCCCAACUCCCGGCGGCAAUGGCGACGUUCACCGGCCUCUCCCUCCCUCCCAAAACCCUAACCCCUUCCUCCGCCCCGCGCCCGCCCCUCGCGGCGGCGCUCGCUCCGGCGGCGGCCCUCCGUCUCGGCUCCGGCGAGCCGGGGCUCUGCUGGGGGCGCCGCCGCCGGCUGGAGCUGCGGAGGCCGCGGCCGCUGGUCGUCGCGGCGGCCGUCGAUGGGGAGUACUCGUCGAGGCGGAGCAGCAGCAGCGAGCCGAGGGAGACCAUCAUGCUCCCCGGGUGCGACUACAACCACUGGCUCAUCGUCAUGGAGUUCCCCAAGGACCCCGCCCCUACCCGCGAGCAGAUGAUCGACACUUACCUCAACACCCUCGCCACUGUUCUGGGAAGCAUGGAGGAGGCAAAGAAGAAUAUGUAUGCAUUUAGUACCACAACCUAUACUGGGUUUCAGUGUACCGUGGAUGAAGCUACGUCUGAGAAAUUCAAAGGUUUGCCUGGGGUUCUGUGGGUACUCCCUGAUUCAUACAUAGAUGUGAAGAACAAGGAUUAUGGAGGGGAUAAAUAUAUCAAUGGAGAGAUCAUUCCUUGCCAAUAUCCCACUUACCAGCCAAAGCCUCGAAAUAACUCUAGAUAUGAGAGUAAGAGGUAUGAAAGGAAGAGAGAUGGGCCACCACGUCAAAGGCCAAGACCUAAACAGGAGGCUUCCAGCACUGACUCAUCAUCCUCGUGAGGUGCAUGGAGUUUUUGAUUUCCAGAGGAAACGGCCUGGUUUUAAUUUGUCGUGCAUCUUUCAUAGUCUUGAGCUGAUAAAGGAUGAUGCUCGGUCUGUGUGGCCUCAUACUAGAAGAUCUUUCUAUGUGGAGCAAGUAUUGACAGAUGCAUGCUUUGUGCACUCACAAGACUGUAGAAUGGUCCCAUCUAAGGAACAUGGCAUUUUGUUCUUGUGUUCCUCCUGCUGAGUGUGGACAGAGAUUAGUUUGUUGUUAAUUCCCACGUACUUCUUGCAUGUCUCCUUGUAGUUGACAUCAGUAAGAUUUUCAAAUUGCUCUUAUCUUAGUUGCAUUUGUUAUGCUUGCACGGGUAUCUUUAGUGUCAGAUACCCUGGCUGGCAUUUGGCUCCUCUAUUGUAUACUUUGAUGGCGACUGAG